AUGGCAUCAAAGCCCGUUGUAUUUCAUAAGUUCCGAUUGCGAUCAGAGCCGACUCUGGAAGGCGACAAUGAAGGCCACAUUGACGAGACUCGGAGGCCGAAUGAACCAGGAUAUGCAGCGGUGUAUUGCGCGAGGGAUUCAUUAACAAGUGUCGCAAGCUCGAACACCACCCACCCCAUCAAAAGCGGCUCGGUCAUAUCUACGACAAGUAUACUCAACCCAACCAAUGUCAGUAAACCUAUGAACCAUGGCAAGCGAUCCAAAGACGAUCUGGAACUGCAUCUAGUUGUUGAUCGUACCCAGCCCAUAGGCGAUAUCAUUUUUGUCCAUGGUUUAGGAGGGAACCCUUGGACUACAUGGAGCUGGGGACGAGACGUAACUAAUUUCUGGCCCACUUGGCUAGCGCACGAAGGCGUAUUGAGUGCCUGGAGGGUAUUCACAUUCGGCUACGACUCUAACUGGAGAGGUGGAGGAGCUAAUCUAAACAUCGCCGAUUUCGCGAAGGAUCUCUUCAUCUAG